AUGCUUCCCACCGAAAUAAGCUUCCUCCCCGCGCAUGCCCAAGCCCAAGCCUCGGCACACAGCGCACCUUCUUUUGGAUUGGAUUGGAGCCUGGCUGGGCGCCAAGCUCGGGAAGUGAAGAGUGGGGCGCCGCCGCCGCGCUCGAGCACAGCAGCAACAGGACACUUGGAAGCCUGA